AUGCAGAGAUACGACCAUUACAGUCACGACCAGCUUCAGUUCUACAACCCAAGCACGUUUUGCGAAGACAACGAGUGUUGUAAGUGGUUUUGGUAACUUGGGAGUGGGGUGGAGAGAGGCGGAAUUAAAAAAAGUCAAAUUUUGAGUUGGGCGGGGUAAAAAAUGAAAUUUUAAAAAAAAUAAAAAAUAAAAAUUUUUUUUUAAAAUUUUUGGUUCUACUACAAUAUAAUGCAAGGUUUAUUUAUCCUAAGCUUCAAAAACAACAUGGGCGUGGUAAAAAUUUCAUUUGUCAAGUUUUUUUUUUCGAAAAAAGUUUUUUUUUCAAAUUUCGAAAUUUGUACCCUUACCACAAUAUAACACAAAAUAUACCUAUACAUAGCCUUAAAAACUACUUAUGCAUUAUAAAAAGUGGCAUUUUCCACAUUUGUUUUUUUAAAAAAAAAGUUUUUUUUGAAAUUUCGAAGCUACUGUCCCUACCUCAAUAUAGCCCAAAAUCUACCUCUACCAUGCCUAACCUCACACCUUUAAGCCUAAAAAUUCACUAUUAUUUUAAUUUUUUGCACUUUAAAGUUAGUCCAACCUAUUUUUUCGACUUUUCAGCGAAUUUGACCUGGGGGCUUUCUGCGGUGAUAAGGGCCUUAAGGGCUUGGAAUGGAAACAACCAUCAGUUGUUUCUUUUCCUCGUUUUGUAAUCAGGCGGCUACAAAAAUUGAAUUUUUUAAUGAUUUUUGAUUCGCAAUAGUUUUUAUUUGAGGGGGGGGCGGGUAGGGUGGUAAGGAUGAAACGGGGGAGGGGGGGGGGGUAUAGAUCGGGAGGAUUAUUUUGAAGUGUUUUUAUACUAUGGACAAAACUGCAAGCCACGUAUUUUACAUUUUUUAAAACGUAAAUUUAAUUAAAAAAUAAAAACCGCAAUCACUUUGUUUACAAAACUUUUUUUUUAAUUUGGGUUUGCUUAUAAGCCUUAUGGGUUUUCAUGUCAUACUUGGUUUUUACAUUUUAAGUCUACCGUAGCCUUACAUACUCUACCCUAUUUAACCUAUACCUUACUCUAGCCUUACUCUAGCCCUAUCCUAAUCUACUCUUAAAUUAGUCUUUCCCUACCUUUGUAUCUUAAGCUUACCCUAGCUCUACUCUAGCCUAGCCUUAUCCUAGCCAUACCAUGCCUUCUUUUUGACCUCCGCUCCCAGGCCAAAAGCCCCUGCCCGGCUUUGCCUUACCUUAUCAAAUUUUAUUAGGUCUCUAAUAGGCUUAAGCUUGGCAAACUCAGGUUUAUCUAGCUUGUUCUUAUAUUAAGCCCCGACAUAAAGAACCCGCCGUUUUUUAAAGGCAAUUACAGGCAAAGUAUGGCGGGUUCUACAUGUCGGCACCGAAUACUUUGCUAUGCCACUUUACCUUACCUUAAACUAUAUUAUACUACUUUUCUACUUUGUUUGACCCACUAACCCAUCUAUUACAAAGUGUUAAAAUAUUAUAGUAUUCUUUUGUUAAUUUACCAUCAAAACGUCUCUCUUAUUGUAUUGAUAUCAGUGUUUAUUCUAGCACAAUUGGUCAUAAACUCUUGCGGCUAAAGUUUGACGUGUUUUUGUGCAUUUUCAAGGUAUUUUUAUCCUUUUGUAGAACCUAUUUUUGGUAUAAAAUCAAAUUUGAAUAGGGGAGGGGGGGGAGGGGGAGAUGUGAUUUUGGAAUUGAUCUGGAUGUUGUUGUAAGGGUAAUCUUCUUAUUGAAGGACUUGAUGUUUGAUAUGAUUUUCAAUAGUUGAGCCUUGGCCUUAGGUUAAGCCUAAGCCUUAGCCUUAGCUUUAGCCUUAGUCUUAGCCUUAGCUUUAGCCCUAGCCUUAGCUCCAGUCCUAGCCCAGAUAGACAUCAGGAACAGUCCGGGCCGGCCUCGACUCAAAUUUAAGUCGGACCAAGCCUGUAAGUCAAGGUUCGACCCGUUUCCAUGAAAAAAGUUUUACCCUGCCCUUGUUUUCUUUUAUUUGCUCUACCCCCCUACACUACCUUACCUUACCUUCCCUUACUCUACUCCUCCCCCCCCCCAUAACCUAAUCAACCUCCCUUCAAACCCAAAACUCCUCUUCGUCUCGGUUCAUUUCCCUCACCCCCCCCCCGCUCUCUCUUUUAUAAUGUGCAUUGCCUUAUAUGGGUUCAUAAGUAGAUGGUAGAGUCAUCUUUGGUUUUUGUUCAGGUACCUCAUUCGAUUGCAUGAAGACGUCUUGAAAGCCUUCGGAAUGGGCGUCUGAAUCACGUCUGUUUAUCUAAGGGCGCGUGAACUGAUCCACCCUCGGCGAGAAACAUUCUCCGGAAAAGGAUCGCGGCCAUAACCCCACCGAGCGUCGUUAAAUACGCGGUGACAGUAAAAAUUGGGACGGCUGAAGGAGAGUGGGGAAUGGGGGUUAGAGUGGUGGAAGAGUGAGGAAGGGGGGGGAGGCUAAAGGAGAGUGGGGGGUGGGUGGUGGGGGUUUUGGUUGAUUUUUUGGCUUUAUUUGGCUAUAUUGGGUAAAACUUUAAAAAUUUUUUUAAAAAAUACGGAACAGGCUUGAGGGGGGGGGGGUUUAUGCUACGGGAAAAAAGUGAUGGUGAUGGCACAGUAAAAAACUUCAAGGUGGGGUAAAGCAGCUUAAAAUAUGAUAAAGUAGUUUGGUAUGAUAGAGUAGGGUGGACUGAAUAGGAUAGGAUGAGAAAGGGUAGAACAGUAACGAGUAUAUAUUAGAUAAGGUAUGGCAAUGAAAAAUAAAGUACAAUAGGGUAGGGUAGGGUAGGGUAGGGUAGGGUAGGGUAGGGUAGGGUAGGGUAGGGUAGGGUAGGGUAGGGUAGGGUAGGGUAGGGUAGGGUAGGGUAGGGUAGGGUAGGGUAGGGUAGAGUAGUGUAGGGUAGGGUAGGGUAGGGUAGGGUAAAUUUCUUUUGAUUACCGUAAUCUAAUGUUAUAAAGUAUUUGAAUACAAGUAUAUCAGUAAAACUUAUACUGUAACUCUUUCAGGCAUGGAACCUACGUACGCAACAAACCCUCUAGUACAUCAUCAACUCAAAUUAGAGCCGUAUUCUGAAUAUUACUAUCCAAUGGAGUUCUACGCUGAAUAUCAACCAAACUACAUCCCAACUUCUGAGCAUCUGAAUCAGCCUCAGUCAUCGUAUGAGCUAUCGUCAUCACGGCAUGAUUCUGCCUCUGAAGCGUUAAGUAGAUCAAAUAUGGAUUCAGAAUCCCGACGAUCACAAAUGACUUCUAGUUUACCGUGCUCUUCUACAUUGGCUUCAGAUCUACCGUGCAUAUCUUUUUUAGAAUCAGAUAUAUCUUGUAAAUCGUCACGGCUACAUGAUUUGUCGUGCAUAUCUUCACAGACUUCAGAGUUACCGUGCAUUUCAUCAAUGGUUUCAGAAUUACCGUGUAGGGCUUCUGACUUACCGCCGCUAGCUUCAGAGCUUCACUGUCCUCCAUUCAUGCCUCCAAAUUCAUCAUGUCUACAGCCAAUGACGUCAUCGUGCCCAUUAACCAUGCCUUCAAACCCAUCGUGCCGCUCCUCCCUAACCUCAGAAUCCAUGUGUAGCACAACUUCAGAACAUCAUAAUCUAUCGUACAAAUACUCUCCAGGUUCAGAAUUCUCAUCAAGCUCUUCUCCCACCAACUUCUCGGUUAUAUCUUUAUCUCCCGGUUGUUCAUCAUCACAUUCGAGUUGCUCGAGCACGUUGAUGAACGUUCAUUUGCCUCCGGACAUUUGUGCCAAAGUAUUUUGUCCUCCAAGUGCUGUGAAUCCAAGUGGACAUCACCGUAUGCCAAGGAGGAAUAAGGUGGAGUUGCAGGAGAAACGGAAUUACAAGUGCAAUGUCUUAGGUGAGUCAAUGUUUUUUGGGCCGUUUUUGAAUUUUUCGAAAUUUUUUUGAAAUUUUUUUUAAAACGUUAUUAAACUAGGGUCUAUUGGGCACAUUUUGACACAUUUUGGCAAUCCUACUUUAUCAUUUCACAUUACUGUACUCAUUUCUUUGUAUAUAACAUCUUUAUUUUUUCAAAGGUUAGCCACUGUCAUUUUUAAAUCAUAUUAAAAUUUUUUGAAAUUUUUUAAAAAAGUUGUUUAGACAGUUUUAAACUAGAGUCUAUUGGGCACAUUAUGACAAAUUUUAGCUGUCUUACCUUAUUAUAUGACUUUACUACCGUCAUUUCUUUGUAUACACCAUCUUUAUUUUUUCAUACGUCAGCCACUGCCAUUUUUAAGACAUAUUUAAAUUUUUUGAAAUUUUUUUGAAAAUCCAGUCAACAUAUCAUAAGCUAGAGUCCUUUUGCCACAUUACACCAAACUUUCACAAUCCUAACUUAUCACCUGACAUAACUACAGUCAUUUUCCGUAUGUACCGUCUCUCUUUUCCCCAAAUAUUUGCGGUCGGAUUAGAGAUGGCGUAAUAUUGCAUGGAUAUAAAGUUACUUGUUGUCUCAACAACUUUUAAUCAAGACUCGGAUUAAUGCUGACUCAUUUUACAGGCUGCACCAAGGUCUACACAAAAAGCUCGCAUCUGAAGGCGCAUCAGAGGAUUCAUACAGGUGAGGUCUUCUCUUUUUUUUGGCGUUUGUUUUGUGGUUUUGAUGUGACAUUUUUAUCUUUACUGAGUUUAGUAUGUGAUUUUGAAGUUGUUUGUAGAUACUAGGUAAAUUACCAGAGUCUUUUACACCUUUGCUCAAAAUUUCAGACAGUUUAGUCAAGUAUAACAUAAGUUAUGGCAAUUUAUUUAAAAAUAUCGAGGUUAGACCUCAUGGAUAAUAUUAUUUUUUGUUGUCUACGAAUCGUAAUUUAGUUUUACAAUUUUAUUUUUUUAAAAUACGUUUUUAAAUAGUAUUUUACAUUCAAAUACAAAAGCAUUUUAUGAUUUAGUUAAUAGAACUUAAGUUAUUCAAUUUUCUUUGUCUCUUCAGAUGUCAUGGAUAAUAUAAUUUGCUAAAUUUUUAUUUGUUUUCAAUUUUUAAGCAUUUUUUUGCCAUUUUAAGGUCCAGUGGAACAUUGUGUGUCAUUUCAAAUAAUUUCAAAAAAUUAUGUUUUCUAGAAUUGAAGUUUUGGCUUUUUUUGACCUUCAGUUGUCAUGGAUAAUAUAAUUUGCUAAAACAUUUUUUUUGAAUUUCAAAAAACUUUUUACAUUUCAAAGUGUCAAAUGUCAUAUUGUGACAUUAUAAAAUAGUAUUUUAUUUUAAAAUUUUAUGGCCCCUUCGUAUUUUACCUUGUUUUUUAUUUUUUUAAUGUACUAUUUUGUAGUAAGAUAGCUUUUAUAUUGGGUAUUUCAGCUUUUUAAAGCUGGUACAAAAUUGGAAAAAAGACUUACAAGGAUACUGUAGCCUACUGUAGUCAAUUAUAAGCCCAUAACUAAUCUAAAAGUAACAAACUUUAAGCCUCAACCUCUUUGGGUCGUUUUAUAACUCCCCAUCCCACAUACCACGCCGAUGUUUAUGUUACCAUCGCGAUUUAUGUUAGCAUCGGCGGGGGUAAUAAAAACGCGUUUCGUUUGAAGCCGUUACCGUAAUAUUUGCGAAGAAGGACACGGCUAUUUCGCGCUCUUUGACGGCACUCGAAUAAAACCCUUUAACAACACCAAUUUGCUGAAUGGUACUUGAGCUGAUACGACGAUAUACUUCCGAUCGCCGGUAUUUACCGCAAUAUGCAAAUUAUUGAAAAGUAAACAGUGGUUAUGGCUAGGUAAACGUAUUGAGAAAGAUAGUUUUGACGUUGUGAGAUGUGAUUUUGACUUGUCUUCAAAGAGAUUAAAAAAUUAUAUUAUCCAUGACAUUUGAAGACCGAAAAAGUGUAAUAACUUAAAAACCAAUUGGCAAAUUUAAAAAAUCGUAUUUUAUAAUGUCCCAAUAUGACAUUUGACACUUUAAAAUGUAAAAAGUUUUUGAAAUUUCGAAAAAAAUGACUUUUUAAAAUUAUAUUAUCCAUGACAUCUGAUGACCAAAAAAGUACCAUAACUUAAAAACCAGUUGAUAAAUCAUUAACAAAUAUUGACCGAAGCUUUAAAAUGCCAUUAUCUUUCAUCACUUAUUUAUCUUUUUUUAAUAUUAUCAAUAAUUACCUAAAAUACGAUCAACAUUCCGUCACUAAUCCUGAACAAUUUCAGGUGAAAAGCCGUACACCUGUCUCUGGCCGAAUUGUAAUUGGCGUUUUGCUCGAAGUGACGAGCUGACUAGGCAUUUGAGGAAACAUACUGGUGCUAAGCCAUUCCGAUGUCCGAACUGUGCACGAUGUUUCGCCCGUUCUGAUCAUUUACAGCUUCAUAUGAAACGACAUGAGCCUAAGGCUGGGAGGCAGUCUUGGUAG